AUGCAAGCUGAUUGGGAACAUUUAAAAUAUCUUAAUGGUUUCGGCAAUCAUUUUUCGUCUGAAGAUCCACGUUGUCCGAAUUCACUACCAAAAGACCAAAAUACACCUCAAGUGUGCCCUUAUGGUCUUUAUGCUGAGCAAUUAUCUGGUACAGCAUUUACGGCACCACGAGAAACUAAUCAACGAAUUUGGUUUUAUCGAAUUUUGCCAGCAGUACUUCAUGAACCGUUCCGUUCAAUUAAAUCAGAGUUUCUUACAAAUCAUUGGGAUCUAUCAGAACCUAAUCCAAAUCAAACGCGUUGGAAACCGUUUCAUAUCCCGUCAGUUGAUGAUGAAAAGAAAGAUUUCCUUGAUAGCUUAGCAACAGUAUGUGGUGCAGGUGAUCCAUGUUCUCGUCAUGGUGCUUCAAUUUCAAUCUAUGCUUGCAAUAGUUCAAUGGACAAUCGAGCUUUUUGUAAUGCCGAUGGAGAUAUGCUUAUUGUUCCACAACAUGGAUCAUUAUGUAUAAGUACGGAAUGUGGUCGAAUGUUGGUUAAACCGCAAGAAAUUUGUGUCAUUCAACAAGGAAUUCGAUUUUCAGUGGCUGUUGAUCAACCAUCGCGUGGCUAUGUCCUUGAAGUGUUCGAUAAUCAUUUUUGUUUACCUAGUUUGGGACCUAUUGGUGCAAAUGGUUUAGCAAAUCCACGUGAUUUUGAAACACCAACAGCAUGGUACGAAGAUCGAGAUUGUGAUUUUACUGUUGUUCAUAAAUAUCAAGGAAGUUUAUUUCAAUCGUCGCAAAAUCAUUCAUGUUUUAAUGUGGUCGCUUGGCACGGUAAUUAUGCACCGUAUAAAUAUGAUCUACGAAAAUUUGUCGUGAUUAAUUCUGUCUCAGUUGAUCAUCUGGAUCCAUCAAUAUUUACCGUUUUAACAUGUCCGUCAUCAAAACCUGGCACAGCUAUUGCUGAUUUUGUUAUAUUUCCACCUCGAUGGUCUGUUCAAGAACAUACAUUCCGACCACCAUAUUAUCAUCGCAACUGUAUGAGCGAAUUUAUGGGUAUUAUAACGGGGAAAUAUGAAGCGAAAGAAGAAGGUUUUCAAGCUGGUGGUGCAACACUUCACAGUUGUAUGACACCACAUGGUCCGGAUGCUGAUUGCUUUGCUAAAGCUACAAAAGAUGAACUUAAACCGAUGCGUAUAGCUGAAGGUUCAUUAGCAUUCAUGUUUGAAUCAUCGUUAAGUUUCGCAUUAACAAAAUGGAGUAUGACAACGUGCCAACGUGUUGAUCAUGAUUAUUUCAAAUGUUGGUCUUCAUUAGUUAAACAUUUUACUGGACCCAAAUGA